AUGGUGUUGUGGAGAAGAGCACAAAGUCCAAAAGAAAAAGAACAAUAUUCUACAAUUAUGGAACAAGAUUAUGCCAAAGCUCUUGAGUCUGGAUCUGAGAGUGACGAAGUGAAUUUUGCAUAUGCAACCUAUUUGAGAAUUGUCAAAUCAGAUUUGAGAAUGGCUUUACAUCAUAUUUCAAAAUCUAUUGAUUUAAACAAUGCAGUUCCAGUUAAAUUUCUAAAACGAGCUGAAUUGAACUUGGAAUUGUUUGAUGAAAUGAAAGAUAGUGAAGCCGCCAUGAAUAUUGAAGAAGAAAGUCCUGCUUCUGAAGAGUCAAAUUCAGCUGAAACAUCAAAUGAAAGAACCAAUAAUGAUACAUCACAAGUUGGCAACACACUCUCUGUGAAAAUUAAUUCAGAGUGGAAUGACGACGCUCUCCAAGUUCUCAACAAUUGUCUCAUGGACUGCGAGAGGUAUAUCGAAGACUCGAUCCAAUAUGCCAAGAAGAAUAAUAUUACCGAUUUCACUCUUGACUAUUACGUUUAUUAUGUGAGAGGAAGAGUCUUUUCAGAGACAUUCAUGUCUGAAAUGGCCAAUUCGUCCAGUAGCUCAGUGUUUCUGAACAAUGCUGAACGGGAUUUCACCUUAUUUGUAGAGCAUUUCGAAAAACCAGAAAAUGAGUCCAUGAUCUCAAAAGAUAUUCUUGCUGAGGGCUAUGUCAGACGUGCAGUGUGCCGAAUGCAUUCAAAGAAUUUGAAUGGCUCGACUUCUGAUAUUGAAAGAGCGAGCGCACUUUUGGAUUCACAUCCACAUUUACGUGAUUCACAUCCUGACUUGCACAAUUACAUUGAAGAGUUGAAAUUACAGAUCCAAACGCUUCAACAAUUCCAAUCCUCUAUGAUCGAGCUACAGAACUGGGAGCGAAAGCAGCCCAAGGUCAAUCCACUGGUGACUCUGACAAAGCACUCGAGUAUUUGA